UCUCUCUCUCUCCUCCUUUUAAAGCUUAACUGGCAUUGGUGCAUUUUAGAGAGGUGUAGCGAAAGAUGGGAAUUCUGGGGAGCGAUGUAUCCAACCUACAAAAAAUGGAUUUUUAUAUUAGAUUGUUUGUAGUUCCAUUCAAUAUUGCUUGCAUAUGGAUUGCUCUCACUGCCAAACAGGAUAAUCCCACUUAUGGAAAUUUGGAGUUCAAAGAUUUCAUUGGCCUCAAGUACAUGGUUUUUAUCAGCGCCAUAUGUGGUGGAUAUGCACUAUUUGCUGCUGUUUCUUCUUGGCUGAGAUGCCUCCUUACCAAAGCAUGGCUUUUCUUUAUCACUGACCAGGUGUUAGCAUACUUGAUGAUGUCAUCAAUGGCGGCACAAGGGGAGUUUAUGUACUUGGCCUACAAUGGAGAUCGAGUGGUUUCGUGGAGCCAAGCAUGCGAUUCUUACGGCGAAUUCUGCAGCAGAGUGAAGCUCGCUUUGUCUCUGCAUGUAAUCGCUGUUUGCUGUUUCCUCGUACUCGCUGUAAUAUCUGCUUACAGGGUUUUUAGGAAAUUUGACCUUCCUUUUGAUCCACCUUCUUCUAAAGAUGCUGAACAGUAAUUUUAUUAGGACUUUUAUUUAAUUUAUUUUUAAAAAUAUAUAUAUAAUAUAUAUUAUCAGACGAUUUAUUUUCUUUUGCAACUGACAAAGUUUCUCAUGUUUUAGUACUGUGUUAUAUGUGUGGAUUGGUGUUUUGUAAUGAUUUUUUACUUUGUCGUGAUUUAAUUUAUGUUUCGAAUUUCCUAUCCUAUUUUCUAAUUGUAACAUUUUUUUAGAACAAUCCUCAAUAUUAUAAGUACCUUGGUUGCCCUCCA